UCCUAGCUAUUACAAAGGUAAUAUGUUUACUCUACCAGAACACUCUUGGUUGCUGUACAAAACAAUGGUACACCGAGUCUCUCCAGUCGGAAGAAUCAGGCUGAGACUGAAGACUAGCAGAGCCGCGGAGGAAGGCUUCUGUCACUGUCCUGGUGGUGGCGGUCCUAGCGGUGGCAGAGGAAUGGCAGAGGAGUUGGGCGGAGGGAGUGCUGCAACGCCGGCGACUGGGGUCUGGGAGGCGAGGAGGACGCGAGUCGAGGCGGACUGGGGGGGGAGGGUGCUGCAACGCCGGCGACACGGCGUGGUCAAAGAAGCGGAGUCGCGAGUCGCGACGAGAAGAUUUGGAGAAGGAGAGGCGGCGGGCGAACUGCGAAGCGAGAAGCAGGUGGGUCUGGAGGCUUGGCGAGGGCGGUAAAACGCCGGGUUCCGGUUUCGGUAAUACCGACUUACCGUCGGUAUUUACCGAGACUGGGGGCGGUAAAUUGGAUCUCCCAACUGGCCCUCGAUUACCGUUACCGUCGGUAAUCGGUUUACCGUUUACCGCCGGUUACCGGUUUGGUAAAACGGUAAACCGAUUACCGAGUUACCGAAUCCCACCCCUAAGUUUAAGUUCAAUAAUUUAUCAUGAGACGCGGGUCAGAGUGGGUCGGUGAAUAGGCGCAUGUAAUUUAUAAAGGAUAAACAUUAGAAAUACUCAUUUUUAUUAUAAAAAUCAAGAAAAACUAUAAUAUGAUAACUGUAGUUAACUUAUUCGAGAAAUUGAGGUGCUAAAAGUAAAAUUCUAAGUAAUUAGAGCAAAAAUGUAUGUAAUUUAUGCAAAAACAUAUCUAAAAUGGAGCAGGUCAGGUCAAGGACAGGGAUUAUAACGUUUACAAAUAAACCAUAUACACAUUAUAAACUAGAUUGAUAAGUAUCAAAAUAUAAACAAACACGAUAAUCAUUACGGAUCAUACAGAUGAACAUUACAAACCAGACAAACAAAUAUUACGAUUUACAACAUAUGCAAUUAGUCAUACGAACAUUAGAAACUAAAUAGAUUAACAUUACAAAAUGAAUUGAUUAACAUUACAAAUCGAAACAAAAACAUUACAAACUGGAAUAACAAACAUAACAAAAACAUAUUUACAAACCAAUUAUACAAAAAUUACAAAUUCAACCACCAAACAUAACAAAAUCAUACUAAAUCAUGGGCUCAAGAUAGUGUGCAUAACCCAACACCCAUUAAUAACCAAAUCUGGACCCUUCAUUUAGGAAAUCUAGAUCUAAAGAUGGAGAAUUAACGAUCAUUUUUAUUUUCCCUAGCUUUCUUAAUCGGCUCAUAUAUUUUUCGUUUGAACUCGAAUUUUAGCCUUUUAGGUUUAAUUUCUUCCGUUAGGUUUUUCCACUUAAAAGCUUUAUUAUAUUUCUUUCCCCUCCGAUUUACUCCAAGCCGCAGCAACUCCCUCUCAACGAAAAGAAUCAUCCUCUCACUGUUGGGUUUAUUUUGAACAAUGUCAUCGACAACAGGUUCUUCCUUUCCUUCUAAUUAUGUUUGCGCUAGCUUUUAUCUAGUUGAUCUUCGUAAAGUUACUGUUGUUGAGGAAUUAUUUAAGCUAUUUGUUCUUAUAAAUCCACUGUAUGCUUUCAAUUUUGAUAUGAAUGCAGUGGAAUUAUGUUAAUUGAGUACUAUUUUUCAUGUAUUCAUGGGUUACUUUGAUAAUGGUGAUCAUUCAAUUGUUGAAAAUAUAAGUACCAUUUUGUAAAUAUGCCUUAGUUAGGGUUAAUGAGAUCUCUAUAUAUAUGUAAGUGUAACCGUGUAACCCAAUUAACGAAGCUAAUAGCAUUGACUUGGAGGGUUUCGGCUCUACCGUGGACUAGUCCUGUUGAUCAGGGAAACCACGUUAAACUCUGCGUCUUCGUUCUUUCGUUAGAUUUGACAUGGUAUUAGAGUAGGUUUGAUCAUCGACCUUAUGACGUUGGGUAGAUUUGGCGCGGGAUUUGUUUGAGUUUCUGGCGGCUGGUUUUGUUUUGGUGUGCGGCUGGUUUUGGUUUUGGCGUUUGCAAGGGCUGUUGUAGGUUUAUUAAGUGUUGGUCUACGCACAGAAGCUAUUUAAACAGCUUGAUUGGUCGACGCACAGCAACUACCUCUUUGGCGCUUAGUUCUUCUCGCGCGCUUGAUCUCUACUCACCUGGCUUGUUAUUGCGAGCAUGGAAUCCGGUAAGAUGGACUCGGUCUCAAUUAAGUUUGAUGGAACGAAUUUCCCAUUGUGGGAAUUUCAGUUCCGUAGUUUGUAGCUGGUAAGAGCUUGCUGCCGGUUUUGCUUGGCGAGAUGAAGAAGCCCGGUGACACUGCAACCGAGCAGCAGCAGCGAGAAUGGGCAGCUUCCAAUGCCCAGAUCAUCACCUGGCUACUAGGGUCUGUGGAUAUUCCGACAGCAUUGAGUCUUCGACGGUUUACUACUGCUCAUGAGAUGUGGAAACACAUCUGUACCACGUACUCACAAGCGGAUCCUUCCCGUCUCUAUGAGCUGGAAUUGACGAUUGGUUCCCUUUCUCAAGGAGAUCGGAACGUCAGGAGCUACUAUAAGCAUCGUUUGCAUCUGUGGACGGAGUACGAUCUCGUUACUGCGUCUUUGCUAACUGGGGAUGCCUCAGUUGAAGUUCAGAAGGAGUGCACAAGGACACGCGUUAUGCAAUUUAUUAUGAAACUCAGGCCUGAGUUUGAGUCCAUCCGUGCAUCAUUGAUUCAUCGCGGUACCACUGAUCUUGACACUGUGAUUGCAGAGUUGCUAUGAGAAGAAACACGGCUGAAGAGUCAAUCACAGAUUGAUGGUCAAUCUCAGGAGUCCGCUUUUGCUGUAGGACGCUCGGGAAGCUUUUCUCGGCCCCAGUUUGGGAAUCCAACAACUGGAGAGGUAAUUUGUCACUUUUGUCAAGAGUCAUGUUCAGAUCCAUCGCAAGAAGCGCAAUUAUUGUAAUUACUGCAAGAAGACAGGGCAUAUUGUGGUGGACUUCCCUACAUUAAACAAGCGUGGAAAGAACCGCUACACUAAUGGUUCAGCUGCUGGUUUCGCGCUGUCUGCUGGGUCCUCCUCUGGUCGACGCCAGGGAUCAGCUUAUGCAGUCACUCUCAACAACUCUAGGUCGUCGUCUACUUCCUCCAACAGCUCCAGCUCGGUUACUUUCACUCCUGACAUGGUUCGAAAACUUGUUCUGGAGGCUUUGCAGGAAGCCCUACCUCAAGCUCUCACAUCUGCCUUCGCUACUGGGGCAGUUACGGGUAAGUCGCCACUUUGGUUGCUCGAUUCAGGCGCGUUUAAUCAUAUGACUCAUGCACGGUCUACUUUCGAUAAGUUACAACCUGUUUCUCAGUUGAAUCUUCGUGUUGCAAACGGUGCACAAGUUCCUGUUCUUGGUCGUGGAACUUCCUCCACGCCCACUAUUACUCUUCCUGAUACAUUAUAUGUUCCUAGCUUACUCCCUAAUCUUGUCUCGGUCGGGAAACUAACUGAAAAUGGCUGUGAUGUUACCUUUAAUUCUGCUGGUUGCAAGGUACAGGACAAGAGGACGGGGAUGGUGAUGGUGAUCGGGAAGGGAAGUAAAUAAGGAAGAAUCUUUGUUCUUGAUGAGUUGCAGCAGCCGCCUGGAAGAGCUCACGUCACUCAAGGGGCUCACUGUGCUGCGGAUGCUGGAACCGGCACUAGCAAGGGCAAAGAUUUAACGAGUCAGUUGUGUUUGUCAUGGUCAAACAAUUCUGUGAAUUCUGUUGGGUUGGAUUUUUCUAAACAUGCGUCAGUUUGGAAAUUAUGGCAUUGUCGGCUAGGCCAUCCGAAUUCUGCAAGGUUAUUAACAAUGUUUCGUCACAAUUUGAUACCUGGAAAGUUUGAUUCUUCUUUUGGUUCUCGGUCUGAUUGUGUGAGUUGUAUUGAGACUAAGACAUCUCAACAAUCUUUUUCGGCUAGUGAUACUGAAUAUGAUGCGCCGUUUGAUCUUGUGCACAAAGACCUUUGGGAUCCUUCUCCUGUCACUUCUCGUAUGGGGUACAAGUAUUUUGAUUUGUUCAUUGAUCAUAAGACACGCUAUUCUUGGGUUUUCUUUCUACGUCUUAAGUCUGAGCUGCCUGGUUUAGCAAAGGAAUUUGUGCAGCAGAUUAAGACACAGUUUGGUAAAACGAUCAAGGUUAUCCGGUUCGAUGAAGGUGGUGAGUUUACUAAACAUGAGUGCUUGAUUUCUAUAAGUCUGAGGGCAUUAUUUCUCAACUUUCUUGUCCAGGUGUGUCACAGCAGAAUGGUCUGGUUGAAAGAAAACAUAGACACGUACUGGAAUUGACCCGUGCCUUGCUGUUUCAUUCUCAUAUGCUGAGUGGAUAUUGGGUAGAAGCUGUACACACGGUUGUUUACUUGAUAAACCGUCAAAUCACGUCAGUCUUGGGUCAACUUUCUCCAUAUCAGGUCUUGUUCUCAAAGCAGUCGGAUUACUCUUUCUUGCGGGUGUUUGGGUGCACAUGCUUUGAUCUAUUACCACGAAAAGAGCGCCAUAAACUUGCUCCUAAUACCACCAGAUGUGUGUUUGUUGGUUAUAGUGAUAACCACAAAGGUUAUCGUUGUUAUGAACCGAUUGGCAAAAGAAUGCGUACAUCAUAUCAUGUUAUGUUCUUAGAGCAGGUAAUGUACUACCCCCUAGCUCCUACUCGAGUGGAGACUCCUCCUACUUCGUUGGAUUUUUUGACACCCGUGCCCAAUUUUGAUGCACCUACUGUCACGACAUUGGAGCCUCGGGGAGGGAAUGAAAAUCAAUUCAUGGGCAGCCCUUCUUUGUCGACAUCCAGCAGUAGCUCUUAUUCAAGUUCGGACAGCAACUCGCCUUUGGAUCACGUGCAUUCUUCCUCCCAUUCGACUUCGGCCAGCAGUUCGCAUUUGGGGUCGUCCUCACAUGGAUCUGGGAGUUCAACCAAUUCAGGUACCAUCACCCAUAGUUUGCCAACAGGGCACGGUGAAGCAACACCUUCUCCUUCUGCCUUGCGAAGAUCGAAUCGCUCCAACUUCGGCCAACCCCCGGUACGACGAUUGGAUUAUACAGGCUUCGCUACGGAUCCUGUGUUCAUUCCCGCUACGUAUGAACAGGCAGUGGGAAUUCCACAUUGGGACCUCGCUAUGCAGGAGGAAACAAAUGCACUGGAAGCAAAUGGAACUUGGAAAUUGGUUUUACGGAGACUAGAGAUGUCUGUUAUUGGGAACCGAUGGGUCUAUACAAUAAAGAUGUAUCUUGAUGGAACAAUUGAGAGAUACAGGGCUCGAUUAGUAGCCAAGGGAUUCCUUCAGGAACAUGGCAUUGAUUAUGAAGAGACAUUUUCACCGGUUGUAAAAAUGCAGACAAUUCGUUGUGUAUUCGCAGUGGCAACCAUGCGUGGAUGGCAACUUUUGCAGUUUGAUGUGAAUAACGCCUUUCUCCAUGGUGAUCUUAAAGAAGUUAUCUAUAUGGAACGACCACCAGGAUAUACAAAAGGAUCGUCUAAUAUGGUUUGUCAACUGGUUCGAUCACUUUAUGGACUCAAACAAGCUCCAAGAGCUUGGUUUGAGAAGUUUCACGGUACAAUUGUGCAGUUGGGUUUAGAACAAAGCAAGAAUGAUCCAUCUCUCUUUGUUCGGAAUACAGUAGAUGGAGUUGUGGUUCUGCUUAUUUAUGUGGACGAUAUGAUCGUCACAGGAAGUGAUAUGGCUGGGAUCCAGGAGCUAAAAGCCUCUUUACACAAUGCUUUUACACUGAAAGAUCUAGGUGAGGUAUCAUAUUUUUUGGGUCUUGAAGUUUGCAGGUCACCCAUGGCAUCUUUGUUUCCCAGAAGAAAUAUAUUUCCGAACUGUUGGAGACAACAAAGUAUGAAGACUGUAAGUCAUGUGCAACAUGGAGCAAAAUUUGAAGCUGCGAAGGGACAUUGGCGAUACCAUAGAGGAUCAGUCUUUAUAUCGCAGCUUGGUUGGCAGCCUAAUUCUUCUCACACAUACCAGACCUGACAUUGCCUAUGCAGUGCAGGUUGUGAGCUAGUAUUUGGGUAUAGCACGAGGUCAACACUUAGAUGCGGUGUAUCGGAUCCUGAGAUAUCUUAAGCACACUCAGGAUGUCGGUCUUUACUUUCCCACUGGAGGUGACCUAAAAAUCGAGGCCUUUGCAGAUGCAGACUAUGUCGGGUGUCAAGAUACUCGACGAUCUACUUCUGGCUGGUGUGUACGAAUUGGUCAGUCGUUUGUCUCAUGAAGGUGUAAGAAACAAGAUCGAGUCUCCAAGUCGUCUACAGAGGAGGAGUAUAGAUCUAUGUCCGAAGUUAGCUCUGAGUUAAUUUGGUUACACAGACUUGUGGAGGAAUUGGGUGUUCAGUGUGAGCGUUCGAUGGUACUAUAUGGUGACAACAUAAGUGCACUCUAGAUAGCACUGAAUCCAGUCUUGCAUGAUAGGACGAAGCAUAUAGAGGUUCAUGUUCACUACAUUAGAUAGCUGGUGGCAGAAGGACGAAUCAAGUUGCAUCAUCUAGCCACGGAAGAUCAAAUAGCUGACAUCCUUACUAAGGCAUUGGGAUCUAGCAGACACAUGUACUUAGCAGGCAAAUUGAUGUUGCGUACCCAACAUCAAUUUGAGGGAGGGUGUUGAAAAUAUAAGUACCAUUUUGUAAAUAUGCCUUAGUUAGGGUUAAUGAGAUCUCUAUAUAUAUGUAAGUGUAACCGAGUAACCAAAUUAACGAAGCUAAUAGCAUUGACUUGGAGGGUUUCGGCUCUCCCGUGGACUAGUCUUGUUGAUCAGGGAAACCACGUUAAACUAUGUGUCUUCGUUCUUUUGUUAGAUUUGACAUCAAUAUUUAGUGUUGCCGUUAGCUCUUAUAGCCUUAUAAAUUUGAUGUUAUGUUCUAUCUUCUAGGUACGGUUCAUACGAGUCUCAGAACAUGAGGUGCAAAUAAUAUGACUCAAAGAGGCGAAGUGCCAUGUAUAGGCAUGAAGUUCGAUGGCGAUGAUAGUGCUUAUGAAUUUUAUAAAGCAUAUGCCCACAAUAUUGGUUUCAGUGUAAAGAAGCGUUACGUCAAGCGAACGCGAGCUGGUCACGUGGAAAGAAGAACAUUUUGUUGUUCUAAAGAAGGCAAAAAGGGUUUCGAUAAAAGGCGUGAGAAUGUGGCUUUUGAGCGACCAGUUAAAAGAAUCGAUUGUUUAGCACAAAUGACUUGUCAAUUGAAAAAGGAUGGCUUGCUGGAGAUUGUUUCAUUUGAAGCAAAUCAUAAUCAUGACCUUGCUCCCACUCCAAUGAAGCAUGCUGAGGUCCAACAGAAAGAUAAGUUAUGCUCAAAAAGCUAUUGCAAAUGAUGCUGAGAGAGCUGGGUUGCCAAUUAAGGCAACUAUCGAUUUACUAGCAAUACAGAAUAGAGGUCGUGAAAAUAAUGGAUUUUUGGAUUCAGACUACAAAAACUAUAUUGCUGCACAAAGACGAGCUACAAUGAUUAAAGGAGAUGGUCAAGCAAUUAUGGAUUAUUUUCGUAAAGCGCAAUCAGAGGAUCCAUCGUUUGUUUACUCAUUGUAGCUUGAUGAUGAUGAUCUUGUUCUGAAUAUGUUCUGGGAUGAUGGCAGGUCAAUCAUUGAUUACAAGUACUUCGGCGAUGUUAUAUGUUUUGAUACAUAUAGAACUAAUGAGUAUGGUCGACCGUUUGCUCCAUUUGUGGGAGUCAAUCAUCUGAAGCAGACAGUGAUCUCUGGGGCAGCAUUACUGUAUGAUGAAACAAUAUCCUCCUUCAAGUGGUUGUUUGAAGCAUUUUUGGGUGCAAUGGCUGGAAAACAACCCAAAACCAUAUUGACAGAUCAAUCAGCUGCUAUGGCCAAAGCAAUUGAAGAGGUAUUUACUGAAACUCAUCAUCGUUUAUGUGUUUGGCAUAUUUAUCAGAAUGCUGCUAAACACUUAAGCCAUGUGUUUCAUGCAUCCGACCAAUUUGCUAGUGAUUUUAGUUCAUGUGUAUAUGACUAUGAAGAUGAAGAUGAAUGGUAUAAAGGUUGGGAUGCUAU